AUGUCACAAAUUGCUAAAGGGGAUAAAAUCCCUCAAGAUAUUGAAUUCCAAUAUAUUCCUAUUGAUAUUUCUCAAUUAGAAACAUUAAGUGCGUUAAGUUGUCAAAGACCAAUUAGUUUAAAAUUAAAUAAAUUAUUUGAAUCAAAGGGGAAAGUUCUAAUUGUUGCUGUUCCAGGAGCUUUCACACCAACUUGUACUGAGAAUCAUAUUCCACCAUAUUUAAAGAAUUUAAAAGAAUUAAAAACCAAAUUAGGAAUUACUAAUUUAUUAAUUGUUGCCUUUAAUGAUGCUUUUGUUUUAAAUGCUUGGGGGAAAUUAUUAUUACAACAAAAUAUUACUAAUAAAGAUGAACCUGAGAUUCCUCAUGUUUAUUUUGUUAGUGAUGGUACUUUCAGUAAAUCAAUUGGAUUGUUAAAUACUGAAACGGGUAGAACUCAAAGAUAUGCCUUAAUCAUUGAUCAAACGAGUCAAACGGUGGAAUAUGUUGGAGUUGAAGUUGAAAGAGGAGUUAAGUAUAGUGGAUUAGAUGCUGUAUUAUCCUCUAGAUUAUAG